UGGCAGUCUCAGAGUAAAGUAUAUAGCGAACGACGGAGCAGCGGAAUAACUUAGUGUGAGUCGUCAGGCUAAGUCUACAUACACCUGAAUGGCAUUCAGUCCAGCCAUAUACAUCUCGACUAGCCUGUCUUUCCAGUAGGCCAUGGGGAUCCUGUUGUAGUGGAUGCUACCGGAGAUGUAGAGGAACUCUUCGCCAUCCUUAAGGAAGUAGUCAUUAUUGUAUUCCACACUGAAGGUCUGCGGCACUCCAAGCUGACAGAGAUUUCUACAACGUAAGAGUUACAUAUAGUAGUUUUAAAUCUGGGGGAGCCAUGGAGUCAGUGUGCUGUUUGUUUUAUGGCUACAUCAAACUGACUUUAGAGAGAGUUGUCGGAGGGACCGCAUCAUGAGAGCAAUUUAUAUAAUUUCAUUGCAGUCAUGUAACUGUUCUGUUACAGGUUCAGCUUUUUAUGGUGAAGAGAUGAUUUAUCAGGUGAUGGCACAAGGUUGGCAACAACAACGUGAAUGCCAAUCGUUGAGCUCUCGUCAAGUGCUGUUGUUGGGUGUAUCAAAUGAAAAGGCCUACAUACAUCUCGAUGAAAAUUAACACAGAGAGCAAAAGAGGAUAUUCUAAUGCCCAUUUACGUUAUGAAUUUAUUUGGCUUGCAGUAGGUCAGCCACAGACAGAUUGGGUAACCCACAGUUAUUGUUCAAGGAACAUGCGAUUAGUUGAAGUUAUAGGCUAAUCUAAACAUCAUUCAAGUUAAGUGCAUCCCAAAAACUGGCUUGAAUUCUGAAUAGGUAACGUUAGCUUGCUGUAUGUGUCUGUUUUUUUUCUCCAAAUAAUUCAGACUAAGCUACUACGAAAUGAACUAUGUAAGUGUACUUGUAAAGAGGGAACAAAAUAGGACAUCUCCAACCCGGCAUGAGCAAGCCAUAUUUGAAUGUCGUGAUGCACUGAAUGAAUUACUGACUGUUACUGACUGACUGCCGUACUGGACGUCAACAAAUGAGAUGCGGAAGUUGACGAAGUCAUGUGACGAUAUGUUAUGGCAGUACCAACGCCUUACCGGUAGGCGGCAGUCUCAUGGAAUGCCCAAGGCACAAACUGUAUGCUCGUACAUCCUGUCAUCUCUUCUCCCUCGGUGGUAGUAAGUAUCAUAAACACACACGUGGGCUUCCGAACUCUGCUCAUGUUGUCGUCUCUAAAAGGUCUGUAAAUAACAUAUGUAUUUGAUUAGUUGUGGUCACGCCAUCAUAUAAUUUUGACAACAUGUCGACAAGUGAGAAAACACCAAACGAAGGACUGGAUGCCCUUCGGCAUCAUCAGGACGAGUUGCCUCCUCCGGUUGUGACUCGGACUCGUAGCGGGCGCAGAGUACGGACCCCAGCUGUGUAUCUUGACUCUGAAGUACCGAAGACUCCAACACGCCGAACAAGGAAAUCUGUCAUUCAAGAGUUACCGAAUGAGAAUGCAGAGAACCAGACGGAAACCAAACCAGCGGUGGUAGUCGUGGAACCAGUUGCCGAAGAGGCUCUUUCGAAAAAACUUCAAAGCAGGGAGUCCAAAGCUGUUGCCAAUGCAUUUGAUGAGGCAUACCCAAAACCAGUCAAAUCAGACAAACCUGUAGGGAAAUCAUUAGGUACAUUUAUUCAAGCUGUGUCACAUCAUUGCACAGAGAAGGAAAACAAGGUUGGUCCCGUACCAAUGGAGACUGUUCCGGACCGCCCAAAUAAAACAGCCAAAAAGAGGACUCGUUCAGAGUCAAAUGAGAAACUUGACCUGAUACCUUUGGGGAAACCGAAAUCCGGACGGGUAUGGAAGGACCGCAACAAGCAAAGGUUCUCUGCCCUUGUAAGAGACAAGCCACUGUGCUCCUCCUGGGAGAAGAUGGCAGCCAAGCGAGAGCAGGAGCUGGUGAAGAAAUAUUCCCUGCAACUGAAGGAGGACAAAGCCAGAGAGAAAGAGGAAAAGAGGAAGCGGCAUGAGGAUAACUUGAAAAGGCGAGCUGAGAAUGAGAGGAAGGCCGAAGUUGUGCAAGUGAUCCGGAACACAACGAAGAUCAAGAGGAUGAAGAAGAAACAGCUGAGGAAGAUUGAGAAGAGGGACACACUCGCCAUGCUGCAGAAAUCACGGCCCAGGAACCCAAAAGCUGCACAGAAAGGUGGCAAAGGGGACAAGUAGAGGGAGUGCUCAAGUUGACUGAUGGGACAUUCAGAAGCACCCCAUGUAGAUAUGAGAGAACUGGUCAUCUGCUACAUGCAAUUCCGCCAGGAUAAAAAGGCGCUCGAUCUUUCCAUCAAUAGGCUAGGUGGAAUUUACCAUAUUACAUCUUUCGGAUGUGCCUAGGGCUGACAUGGCUAUGCUAACUGUGUGAGGCGGUUGGGACUGGAGAGCAUGAGCAGCAAACCCUUUAAAAACAAUUAACCAGCUGUGGAGCAUUGCCGAUGCAAAAAGAGCCUCCUGUCUCUUGUGGAAAUCCAAAUGUGAGCUGGAAGAAUUAUCAACUUGUAAUGCAACGUUCCAUUAAACAAACCACAUUUAUAUCACAUCCCAACCUUUGUGGGGUCAUUAGAUUAUGCUUUUUGUCCACUUUAGUGUGUUGCAUUAGAGGAAUGUUAUAAAGCAAGUGUGCACUUCUCCAGUCAGGCUUUAUUACAAUCAUCCUGCGAUGCUGUUACUCACAAAGAUCCAUAAGAGAAUGAAUGAGCAUCAAAAGUUAGGAAAGUAUGAUGAAUGAGAAACAGGACAUAAUUAUUGAAAAUAAAGACAACCAAUAUGGCAAA